ACUGAGCCAGAGGGAGGCCAGUUCGAGGAAUCCUGGCCUAGAGGGGCCGCGACAGGAAGCUGGGGAGUGCCCUCCGCAGUCCUGGAGUGAAAAGGGAAGUGCCAGGGACCCUGAUUUAACCAACCUGCUGGGGAAGGAGCAGGAUGACUUGGCUUUGGGGUUGUGACUUCAACUCCCCAAAUGACAUCAGGAUCAAAGUGAAGGGUCCAAAGGCUGGAGCAAUUCCUUGAAGGCAGCCGCUUGGGGCCUGUGCUCCUUUCUCAGAGACUGAUCCCAAGCCACCCUUGGAAAGGAGCUCACUGAAAAGCCUCUGCAGCCUCAUGUUGAAGGCAAGAGUGAACAUGCUCAGCUCAAACAUUAUCAUCAGUGGCCCGGCUGCAGACCUUGGAUCUAAAGAGGCCAGCAGGCCCUUGAGGAAGCAGCUUGGCAGCAUCCAGAACCCUGGCCCGUCUACCCGAGCCAGAGCCCGGCCCCAGCCCCUCAGCAUAAAGGACAAGAUAUCCAAGUGGGAAAACAAGAGGGAGCCACCCUCUCCUGCACCUGCCAGGCCAACAGAUGGCCAAAAGGACUACCUGCCAGCCUGCGGGAUGGAGAGGAGAGGCAGCGAGGUCACGAGCACAAAGAGUGGAAUGAGCCUCGAAACAGAGAGCUUGGAAAAUGACAGAGAGACAGCAAGAGCCAGGUGUCAGAGCACAGAGCCUCAGCCAGACCUGAGUCAGGCCGAUGGGCAGCCAGAGCCUGGCCAGCACCAAGGCCGUGAGCUGAAGCCCAGCAAACUGCGCUUUCAGGGUGACCACCUCAUAGUCCUGAAGCAGGUCAAAAGACUAGAGCAGGCCUUGAAGGACGGCUCAGCGGGCUUGGGGCUCCAGUUGCCAGGGACUUGUUAUUCUCCCCACUGCCUGCCUGACAAGGCAGAAGAGGGCCACCCCAUUCUUGAGAGCCAUGUAGGUAGGGAUGGCUCAGAAGCCAGCCGGAGGGGCCACCACCUGGACUUGGAGGGCAGGGGGUCAGGCUCUGAGGCUUCAGAGGAGUGGAAAGGCCUGGAGAAUGUGUACAAGGGCUGUGAGGGGUCCUUCCCAAAGCCUUUCAUCAAUCCCCUGCCCAAGCCACGGAGAACGUUCAAACAUGCCGGAGAAGGGGACAAGGAUGGAAACCCAGGCAUCAGCUUCAAGGAGAGAAGAAACCUGCCUCCCCUGCCUUCCCUGCCACCCCCACCCCCACCACUGCCCUCCUCCCCGCCUCCCACCUCCGUGAAUAGAAGACUGUGGACUGGGAGGCAGAGAGCCAAUGCUGACCACAGAAAGUCCUAUGAAUUUGAAGACUUACUGCAGUCUUCCUCCGAGAACAACAGGGUGGACUGGUAUGCACAGACUAAGUUGGGAUUCACACGCACUUUAUCGGAGGAGAACGUCUAUGAAGACAUUCUAGAUCCGCCAAUGAAGGAAAACCCUUAUGAGGACAUUGAGUUACAUGGCCGCUGCCUGGGAAAGAAGUGUGUCUUGACCUUUCCUGGGUCUCCUACCUCUUCCAUCCCUGACACUUCCGCCAAGCAGUCCUUGUCCAAACCUGCGUUUUUCCGGCAAAAUUCAGAGAGGAGGAACUUCAAACUGUUGGACACAAGAAAGCUCAGUCGGGAUGGAACUGGGUCACCCUUGAGAACCAGCCCUCCUUCCACACCCAGCAGCCCCGAUGACACCUUCUUUAACCUUGGAGACAUGCAGAACGGCAGGAAGAAGAAAAAGAUCCCCAGGCUGGUGUUGCGGAUCAAUGCCAUUUAUGAGGCCCGAAGAGGAAAGAAACGGGUGAAGAGGCUGUCCCAGUCCACAGAGAGCAACUCAGGAAAAGUGACAGAUGAGAACAGCGAAUCUGACAGUGACACUGAGGAGAAGCUGAAAGCUCACAGCCAGCGCCUGGUCAACGUUAAAUCACGCUUGAAGCAGGCCCCUCGGUACUCAUCACUGGACCGGGAGCUCAUCGAGUAUCAGGAGCGGCAGCUCUUUGAGUACUUCGUAGUUGUAUCUCUACAUAAGAAGCAGGCCGGGGCUGCCUAUGUGCCAGAACUCACCCAGCAGUUCCCUCUGAAGUUGGAAAGGUCUUUCAAGUUCAUGAGAGAGGCUGAGGACCAGCUGAAGGCUAUACCCCAGUUCUGCUUCCCUGAUGCCAAGGAUUGGGCCCCUGUCCAGCAGUUCACCAGUGAAACAUUCUCAUUUGUCUUAACUGGAGAAGACGGGAGCAGGAGGUUCGGUUACUGCCGGAGACUGCUGCCUGGAGGUAAAGGGAAGCGCCUUCCUGAAGUUUACUGCAUUGUGAGCCGCCUGGGAUGCUUCAGCCUCUUUUCAAAGAUCUUGGAUGAGGUGGAAAAAAGAAGAGGCAUCUCUCCUGCUCUGGUGCAGCCCCUCAUGAGGAGCGUCAUGGAAGCCCCUUUCCCAUCCCUGGGCAAAACCAUCAUUGUCAAGAACUUCCUGCCAGGCUCAGGGACUGAGGUGAUCGAGCUGUGCCGCCCUCUGGACUCCCGGCUCGAGCAUGUGGAUUUUGAGUCUCUCUUCUCCUCCCUCAGCGUCCGACACUUGGUCUGUGUUUUUGCCUCCCUGCUUCUGGAAAGGAGGGUCAUCUUCAUUGCAGACAAACUCAGCACGCUGUCUAAAUGCUGCCAUGCAAUGGUGGCGCUCAUCUACCCCUUCAGCUGGCAGCACACCUACAUCCCGGUCCUCCCACCUGCCAUGAUUGACAUCGUGUGCUCACCCACACCCUUCCUCAUUGGACUGCUCUCCAGCUCACUGCCACUGCUCAGGGAACUGCCACUGGAAGAGGUCUUGGUGGUUGACCUCAUCAACAACAGAUUCCUCAGACAGAUGGAAGAUGAGGAUUCCAUUCUGCCCCGGAAGCUUCAGGUGGCCCUGGAACAUAUUCUGGAGCAGAGGAAUGACCUGGCCUGUGACCAGGAUGGAGGCCCACUGGACUACAUGCAUGGCUCUGAGUCCAACCCCUUGAAUGAGGUGGUAUCCGAAGCCUUUGUUCGCUUCUUCGUGGAGAUUGUGGGCCAUUAUUCCUUGUUCCUGACAUCCGGCGAGGAGAGAAGCCUGCAACGAGAGGCCUUCCGCAAAGCUGUCUCCUCAAAGAGCCUGCGCAGAUUCCUCGAGGUCUUUAUGGAGACCCAGACCUUCCGUGGCUUCAUCCAGGAGCGAGAGCUGCGCCGGCAGGAUGCCAAAGGUCUAUUUGAGGUCCGAGCCCAAGAGUACCUGGAGACACUCCCCAUCGGAGAGCACAGUGGCGUCAAUAAGUUCCUCAAGGGACUAGGCAAUAAAAUGAAGUUUCUGCACAAGAAAUAACCUUCAGUUUGGCUCAAGGGAAAACUUCCCUCUAGGAGGACCACAGGUUUCCAACACAGUUCCUGGUGUGAGGCUGUGGGCCAUGGGCUGUCCCCAGAGCUCAGACAGACCAGUAUGGAUGCCAGCUCCCAGCUCCUGCCAGGAUGGCACCUGUGAGCUGGGCAGUGGCAGAUGCUCAGGACAGUCCCAGGAAGGACUGGACCUGCCAACAUGCAAACUCUUGUUACUGUGGUUGGUUCUGGCAAUGGGAUCUUUUAAAUCUUAGACAUUAAAAAGAAGAAGAAAAGUGUUGGGGGUCUUCUUUCUCUGUUGCUAGAGCUAAGAAAAGUCUCUCCUACACUGCUUUCAUCUUUUCUGGGCCAGCCUGUGGACAGCUGUGGAGACAGGAGGAGGGAGGAGAUAGAAGAGUGACCAGCACAGAAGGGAUCCAUCCCUACAGGGAUGUUGCUGCCCAGGUUACUGGCUCUUCCCAGCGGGUCUAUGACGCCACCUGGUGGUAGAGAUCAUGGAGGUCACUCUUUUUUACUGCAUUUUCUCUCUCCUUAGAAGCUAUAUUGAAACCAGUCAAGCCCAAGCAGCCUGUGACUUUUAAAAGGAUACAUAAAAGGAGGAAAUCCUAACUAUGUUAAUAAAGUGUUCUUGGGGAUCUAAAAGUUUUUGCUGUUUCUUAUAGCCCACUCUUGACACAUAGACCACUACUGUCAACCUAGUCCCCUCUUAUUCCAGGGACCCAACUCAGCAAAACGGACUGAGAUGCAGAGAUGGGAGGGACUUCUAUGGGCAGUAGGCACAGAAGGAGGCCACAGUCUGGACAGUGGGAGGUAGCAAGAGCCAGGUAUACAACACGGGCAGGUUCUCAGAGCCAGCUUCGGGGCCACUACCCCAGCAUAACCCACUGCUGGGUCCCCCCUGCAUGCAACCAGUACUCCUGACAAAAAUUCAGCCUCUGCCCUGGGGUGGGACAGGAUGAACCUGAGUAGAUGUGUAGCUGGGAGACUGGGGAAGCCCAAGUGCAGAUGGGAGUGUUGGGGCUCAGGAGUCCGUACCCAGACAAGUCCUUCAGUUUACUUAUUUUUACUGAUAGCAAUUAUUCUGCAUGUUUUAUAUUGCCCAAAAUGAUCAUGUUUAGUGUUUUGGAAUAUACAUACUUUUCUAACUUAUUUUCUAUUAUACUGUUUACUUAAAAACUCCAAGUAAAUAAAUAUAUAUCUUUAUCAACAUUCUUAGUAAGUGUAUAUUCUA